AUGGCUGCACUUGAAAUUGAUGAUGUUUCUUCAGUAGAAGAAAGUGAAUCAUCAACAAAUGGAAUUACUCGUGUUACAAUUAAAUCAAGUACAGUUGAUAAAGGACCACCAACUGAUUUAAUUUUAUGUAAUUUACAUUAUCCAUCAUGCCUUCAACAACCAUUGGACAUCGAAUUUUAUGAUGGACAAACACUGACAUUCGGUGCUAAAGGGCCACAUAAAAUACAUCUAACCGGCUAUGUUCUACAACCAGAGCCACACGAAAUAUCUGAAGAAGAUCAUUUAACGAUUAGUAAAAAUAAAGAUAUUUUUGCAGCAGCGAAUGAUGAUUCAAGUAGUGACGAUGAUGAUGAUGAUGACGACGAUGACGAUGAUGAUGAUGAUGAUGAAAGCGAUGAUGCAGAAGAUUUUCAUUUAACUCGUCGUCAUCGAUUACGUGAUGAUGAAGAUCAAGAUUUAGAAGGUGAUUAUGAAGAUGGAUAUCUUGAAGGUGAAGAUGAAUUAAGUUCAGAAACAUCAUCAUCUGAUUCAGAUAAUGAUGUAAAACAAAAAAUUUCAGCAUCACCAGAUAAAAGAAAAAAACGUUCACGUACUGAAGAAAAUGGUUAUUCAAAUAAACAAGAACCAGAAAGAAAAAAAGUAAAAAAAAAUAAUAAAAUCAAACAAGAACCAACAAGUACAACAACAAUCACAGAUACUGAUGAAUCUAAAAAAGCUAAAAAAGCAGCAAAAAAAGCAGUAACAAAAGCAAGUACAUCAUUGAAUGAUACACAAACGAGUAGUACUAAUAUUGAAGAGAAAAAAAAGUCAAAUUCAUUAGAAAUUAAUGAUAUUCGAGUUGGUAAUGGGCCAGAAGCUAAACUUGGAAAAACUGCUGCUGUUUAUUAUACCGGACGACUUAAAAGUAAUAAUUCAGUAUUUGAUUCAUGUGUCAAAGGAAAACCAUUUCGAUUUCGACUUGGUGCUGGUGAAGUUAUUCGUGGUUGGGAUCAAGGUGUUAAAGGUAUGCAUGUUGGAGGUAAACGACGUUUAACAAUUCCACCAUCAUUAGCUUAUGGUAGUCAAAAAAUACCUGAUAUUCCAUCAAAUUCAACGCUUAUAUUUGACAUUGAACUUAAAAAUGUUUUUUAG